UUGGAGGUGGAGGUGAAGGAGGAGGAGAUGGGUGCUGAGACGUGGCCACCCGUCAAGGUUGAGAGAGCCGACUCUGAUGGCGGUGGUGGUGACGGUGGUGGUGGUGACAGUGGUGGUGGUGGUGACGGUGGUGGUCAUGGAUGCGACGAGCGAGUUCAAGAAGCCCUGCGGACUGCGGGAGAUGAGCUUAACAAGGCAGGGGAUGAGCUAUUUGAUGAGGAGGCCGAUCUUCAUUCCGACGGAGAGGAUAUUCGCAUCAAGGAGGAGAAGGAGGAGGGGGAGGAGGAGGACCUACAGGAUGCCGCUUCCAGCGACAGGCCGGGAGAGACAGCAAUCUCGUGCAGAGGCCCUCCGACUUCACGGCAAGUGGCGGAGAUUGAGGUGGUCCUGGAGGGUGAAAGGGGUCACGGCAAGCUGAGGAAUCGCCAGAAAACCCACGGCAAGGAGGGGAAUAAGAAGAAGUCACACAGGUGCUCCCUGUGCGGAGAGACUUUCGUCGAAUUGUCGGACCUCAGGGGGCACGCGAAAGUCCACGCGGACGACAAGCCGCUGCGCUGCGCCGUUUGCGGAAAGGGGUUCGUGGUGGCGAAGUCUCUCCGGUACCACAUGAUGGGCCACACCGGGGAGAAGCCGCACCGGUGCCCCGUGUGCGGCAAGGCCUUCGCGCAGCGCUCUGCCUUCAACGCCCACGCGAGGGCUCACGCGGGCGAGAAGACUCACCGGUGCGACGUGUGCGGUAGGGGCUUCCUGCACCCAUCGUCCCUCAAGGCCCACGCGAAGGCGACGCACGCCGGGCAGGGGCCCGUCGUGUGCCCUGCGUGCGGCAAGACCUUCCGGAAGGCGUCCACCCUCGCCAGCCACGCGGUGGUGCACGGCGGCGAGAAGCCGUUCAGGUGCCCGCAGUGCGCGAGGGGCUUCGUCCUCUCCUUCUCCCUCAAGAGGCACAUGGCGAGCCACGACGACGGCGGCGGCGGCGGGGCUCGCGCCUGCCCACCGUGCGGCCGGACCUUCGCCGACCCGUCGUCGCUGAGGGCCCAUGUCAGGGUCCACGCUGGCGAGAAGACGCACCGGUGCUCGCUGUGCGGCGAGGCCUUCGCGCAGCUCUCGGACCUCAGGGUCCACGCCAAGGUCCAUGCGGACGAGAAGCCCCUCCGUUGCCCCGUGUGCGGGAGGGGAUUCGUCGUCGCCAAGUCCCUCCGGUACCACAUGAUGAGCCACACGGGGUGCAAGCCAUUCACGUGUGCCGCGUGCGGCAAGGACUUUGCGCAGUUGUCGGCUUUCAACGCUCACACGAGGACCCACGCGGGAGAUUCGCACAGGUGCGACACGUGCGGGAAGGACUUCGCCCAUCUGUCGGCGCUCAAGAUUCACAAGAUGACGCACGCAGGCAGGAGUCCGUAUAAGUGCCCGACGUGCGCCAAGGAUUUCGUCAACCCGUCGGCUCGCGACAAGCACGCGAGGACGCACAGCGCGGAGAAGCCGCACAAGUGCUUCGUGUGCGGGAGGAGCUUUGCGGAGCUUUCGAACCUCGACUUUCACGUCAAGUGUCUGAACCACUACGGGCCUUGGGCCCAGAGCGUGGGCCGUUUAAAACCCGGGGCUUCGCUCGAACCAAAAACCGAGAGCCCCGAGGUAGAUUGAGGCUCUGGAGAUCCGGGGGGCGGGGGGACAAGGAAGGGGAUGUCUGGGCGCAGACGACAACGAUGAAGAUUCGGAAAGAAGAGCUCGCGACGCCACGCGAGGGCUUUGAGUUUAUUUGAGACGUCCUGAACCUUGACUUUCCCCUUUCUGGCAAUAAAACAGGAAGUUGUGUUCAGAUGGUCAAACUCAAAAUGGACACCCCUUGCAAGGCAUCAGGUUUGCGUUAACCACACUCGGCACUUGUGGCAAAACUUGCAAACAAACAUGGCUCCUAUAAUACAGGGUGCUUCAAAAAAAUGUCAACACUUUUAUAGGACUAUCGUUUUUAGGGGCCGUCCAUAAAUGACGUCACGCACCUAGGGGGGGGGGUCAGACAUUUGUGACGAUGUGUGACGAGGGGGAGAGGGUUUGAGAAAUGUGACGUCACGUAAAAAUGCGCAACUUUAAAUAAAUA